AUGGAGCAUAUCAACGAAGCAGAUGUAUAUGACCGAUUACGCGAGAACACUGCCAAAUGUGGUACGGUCGCAGAAUUCCGAGACCAUUUAAGAACUUUGGAAAGUGUCCACAACAGACUGUACAAUUUCAAUCGAUCGUAUCGUCACCGAGAGAAACGUGCUUUACUCGAGAGACAGCGGCAAAUGACCAUGCACAAAAUGGCCGACAGCUUGUUAGGAGACCCAGCAGACAAGAACUUGCAAAGACCACUGUGGGUCUACAAGCAGUCCAACGAUGCCGCAAGCAAAGACGACAGAGAGCCCGGCGCGGGCGGGAGAGGCCCAAAGGUGCGGCUGUAG